AUACCAAUUAAAUGCUUCUUCCUCGAAUAUCAUUCUCAUCGCGUGUCGCGUGUCCCCGCAACGAGUUGAGCAGCAAGUGAUGAGUUAUAGGUACCCAAUGAUUAGUGGAAGACAUCCGCUGCCGCCGUCGCCGCCACCAAAUCAGACAUCGACGGUAACGCUAAUCACUUUAUCCCAGAUGCGGCAAGGCAUUUUCAAGUUUACACUCUAAUCAUUUGAUGAACCCAGACUAAUUACCCCGCAAAAUAUCGUAUCACGGGCCUAAAGAUCGCCAUGUUCUCAGCAUACAUCGACUUAUUUCCGGCUUGCCAGACAUCGUGCAGCAAUCUCUUGCAUCAUACUGCACCUUACAAGGUAUUUCGCUCUUAGUAUUCGACAAUAAGUCCAACCUACUUUCUAGUAUGAAAAAGCAUGCCUGAAUCACCAAAGGAUCCCAACGGACCAUCGGCGCAAAGGAUCAAGAAGCGGGAGGUGGACCGAAGAUGCCAACGUCUUGCGCGCCAGCGGACCAAGUCACGCUUAGCUACCCUCGAGGCUCUGGUCGAAGACUUUCAGAAGAACGAUGAAAGUGGACGGGUGGCCAGUUUAAUGAAGCAGAUUUCAGAUCUAACGACCGAUAAAGAGAGGCUGGUGAAGACACUACGUUCUGUUCAGUCUGCUUUAGAUUUCAACAUUGAAGAUGAGGACCAGGAUGCACCACAAUCGCCAAAUGCAGUCCUUAACCACAAUGAGAACACAGUCGUUGUGAACAUGAACGGACAAACCUACCCGCCAGUCUUUCCAGAGCACGUGAACACACAUAUUGAUCUCAGCCGACGAGACUCAAUAUCGACUGAGCGGACCAGUAGGACCAAUCGAAGACUUUCGAUCGCGACCCCAGACUUCGUCAUGAAGCAAUCCCCAAGAUCAGAUGUAUCCUUACCAAUUCUCAAUUUUCCGAAUGCGUAUGGAGCUGUGAGUACACCAGAGGAAGAUAUCUCGCCUUUGACCGGACAGACGAUGCUCCGUGUCCUCAAACCAGUAUAUAACGUCGAGAAAAAUGCUGCUUGUUCGGCCUGUGCGGAACGUACCAACAUUUGGCGAUACACCAACGAGAUUCUUCUUGCUCGUCCAAAGGAAGAUCCACAGACAGUUGCCUCUGAAGACAGGCAACACGAAGAGACGCCACUCCUAGCGGUAAUGCAUGGCUGGCACGAAGUAGAGCGCUUGGGUAAAUUGACUCCUGCCUGGAGGCUAAUUAGUAGCGUGGACAAGGUAAUCUUUGAGGGUCAACUGGGUGCCAUAGAGAGAGUGGCAACAUUAAGGGCAAUACACACGCUGAUGAUGUAUCACAUCGAUCCGAGUUGGGAAAGGGUAGCCAGGCUACCUACAUGGUACUUUCUACGCCCAUCUCAGACUCUCGUUCACUCCUACGCCACCGACUACUUCGCCUGGCCAGGCGUCCGCGAGCGAUUCGUCUUCUCCGAGCACAACUACUGCGGAAACAUAUUCUGGCAGCUUUUCAACAAGAACCUACGCAUCCUUUGGCCAUACGAGUUCCGUGACUGCUAUACCAAGAACGUCCAGACCGGCGAGCUGCAAUUCAGUCUUGACUUUCGUCGACGACUUGAAGACAUCAAUGUCUGGGCUAUGGGGUCCGACUUCUUUGAACGAUUUCCAGAGCUGCGAAGCGAUAUACCACAGUGGAAUAGCAUCCCAAAACAAGUGGAAGCUGAUGGCGAUGGAAGAGUGACGGAAGUCGGUACCGCUUGGAAUGACGAGAGCGUUGCUGGUGAGGACGGAGAGUCUAGUGAUGAGAAUGCGGUCUCGAACCAACAGAAAUGGUCGCACAAUCAUGCCGUGCACGAUACCAGGCAUGCGAAUAUCAGACAGACUCGCUAUGGGGAUGGAUCAAUGACCCUCAACGACAUUGUGAAUCUGGAAAGGAGUCUGCGCGAGUACGUUUGAGUAAGAUGUGCUCGUCGAACAUAUCAUCUCGACCUCAGCCUAGAUAUGAAAAGGAAUCUCAACAAGACAAUAAGUCCGUGUCUAAGGGUGAGACUGAUAUCACAAGAAUGCCAGGGAGGCCAGCCUUUUUGGGCUGCUUAUUCCUGUCCUCUA